AUGAUUAAAAAAGUUUUACCUUCUUGGUGGUCUAUUAAAGUUAAUUCCAACAGUUUAAAAUUAAAUGAGGGGUGUCUCUUUUAUUCACAUGACUCCUCAUCCAAGCUACAAAAAAGUUCUCAAAAAAUUGUCGAUUCUGUUGAAGAAGCUCUAGCUGGUAUUAAAGACGGAGACAAACUUUUAGUUGGUGGUUUUGGUUUAUGUGGAAUACCGGAAAAAUUAAUUGCUGGCAUAUUAAAGACUAAUAUCAAAGAUUUAACUCUGGUUUCUAAUAAUCCUGGUACACAAGAUUUUGGAUUGGGAUUACUUUUUAAGGAAAAAAGAGUUAAACGAAUGAUAGCAUCUUAUGUGGGAGAAAAUGCAGAAUUUGAGCGUCAAUUUUUGCAAGGAGAAAUUGAAGUUGAACUGACACCUCAAGGUACUCUAGCAGAACGUUUGAGAGCUGGAGGAGCAGGAAUUCCUGCAUUUUAUACUCCAACUGCAUAUGGAACUUUAGUUCAUGAAGGAGGAGCCCCAGUAAAAUAUGACAGUAACAAAAAUAUUGAAGUUGCCAGUAGUGGAAGACCCGAACAAAUGUAUAAUAAUAAAAAUUAUAUAUUAGAAGAGGCAAUUACAGGGGAUUUUGCUUUGGUAAAAGCUUGGAAAGCAGAUCCUGCUGGAAAUUUAGUAUUCAGAUUUUAUCCCACCAUGUUGACUGCUGCCAGAGUAGGAGUAGUUGAAGUUGAAGAAAUAGUUGGGUUAGGAGACAUACCUCCAGAUGAAGUACAUUUACCAGGAAUAUAUGUUGACAGGAUAUUAUUAGGGAAAAAUUAUGAAAAACGAAUAGAGAAAAAAACUAUUCUCAAACCACAUUCUGCUCAAGUAAAACUCAGUCCCGCUCAAGUUCUUAGACAAAGAAUAGUUAGAAGGGUAGCAUUGGAAUUUCAGGAUGGCAUGUAUGUCAAUCUUGGAAUCGGAAUUCCCGUUUUAGCCAGUAAUUACAUUCCUAAAGAUAUAACUGUCUACCUACAAUCUGAAAAUGGUAUUUUAGGCUUGGGACCUUUUCCAACUGAACAAAACAUUGAUCCGGAUCUUAUAAACGCUGGUAAAGAAACUGUGACCAUUGUACCAGGAGCAUCAUUUUUUAGUUCUCACGACAGUUUUGCAAUGAUUCGAGGAGGUCACAUUGACCUUACAAUUUUAGGUGCCAUGCAAGUGUCUCAAUAUGGUGACAUUGCGAACUGGAUGAUACCCGGAAAAUUAGUCAAAGGAAUGGGUGGAGCCAUGGAUUUAGUAGCAGCCCCCAAUACAAAGGUAAUUGUAACAAUGGAACAUGCUGCUAAAGAUGGUAGUCAUAAAAUUUUGCCAAAAUGCGAGUUGCCAUUAACCGGAAAGAAUUGCGUAGAUAUGAUAAUUACAGAAAAAUGCGUAUUUGAAGUUGACAAGGAUAAUGGUUUAUUAUUAACUGAAAUUGCCGAUGGUGUGGAAAUGGCUGAAAUUAUCACGUCUACUGGUUGCGAAUUUAGAAUUGCCGAAAAUGUAAAACCAAUGAGGCAAAUUUCUGUUGAUGAGUAA